CUGUUCAGAAUUAUUGCAACUCCUAUUGCUGGAUACCUCGUUGUGCAACACGAAUUUCCAAUCGCAUUUGGCCUUUUCGUGACAGCUGGAGUCACCGACAUGUUGGACGGUUUCAUCGCACGAAACAUACCCGGCCAACAGUCGCUGCUCGGUUCAGUACUGGAUCCCAUUGCCGAUAAAUUACUUGUUAGCGUCAUGUUUGUAACAAUGACAUACGCUGCUCUCAUACCUUGGCAACUCACAUUUGUGGUUUUAUUUCGUGAUCUGUGCCUGAUAUCAGGUGGAUUCUAUAAAAGGUAUCGCACUAUGGAACCUCCGUAUUCUCUGAAGCGAUUUUUCAAUCCUGAGGUUUCUUCCAUGCAAGUUGUUCCCACGCUCGUUAGCAAGGUGAAUACCGUUCUGCAGCUAGGUGUGAUCGCCACUUCCCUUUCCAUCCCUGUGUUUAGCUUGGGCGAACUUGCAUCAUUUUCUACUGGGCUGUGGUAUGUUUUCUUGACCACCUUCGACCUCCUACGAAAAACGUUCAAAGAAAAAUUAUUCAUGCUUGAAAUAACGUGGGGUUUGUAUAUAAAACUCUCGCGAGGUUUUUAUUGA